AUGAGAUUUUCCUGGACUCGUGUGAUUUUGGCAGUGAACUUUUUGGUUUUUGUAUGGAUGCUCUACAAAAGCAUAGAAUAUCCUGUUCCUGCUCAUUAUUCAAAAUCGAAUGUUUUGCGGGAAAAUGCAUACUUCAAUAAAAAAUCAAGAACAAUUCGAAUAGAAUCGUCAUGUGAAUGUGUUUCGAAUCAGACAAACAAGUCGUAUGACUUUUGUUAUAGAAAUCCUAGAAAUGAGUCAUUGGUUGGAAAACGUUUCAAUUGUGAUUGGUUGAGCACUUUAGAGGAUAUGAAAUUAGUUGAUGCUCCAGAUCAAGAAAUGGUUGAUAUGUCGAAUCCAUCACGUAAUGAAUCAGAUGUUAUAUUUGUAUCUGCCAUUUCAUCAAACCACAUUGGAAAUUUUAACCAAAUGAACAAGCUGCUAAUCCAACACUUCCCACAUCAAAAAGUCUUAUUGUAUUCUCUGGAUCUAUCAGAUAAUGAACUUGAAACAUUGGAUAAGAAUGUUAUCAUUCGAAAGUUCAAUUAUGCAAAAUAUCCAAAUUAUGUGCGGAAUUUGAAGGAAUAUCGAUUUAAAGCAUUGAUUUUGGCGGAAGUGAUAAGUGAAUAUUCAAAUGUUUGGUGGCUCGAUGCUCAUAAUAGAUGGCUCCAACCAAAACCAUUGAGUUAUAUGUAUGAAGAAAUGGCUCAAUGUUAUAAUAAUGAUGAUUGUAAAAAGAACUCUUCAAUAUUCAUGUUUCUCAACUCAACUCAUAGUAACUAUGCUGUAUUGAAUUAUGGGCUUCUUGAUUACUUUCCAACAUAUGAUCUGAAUGAACUGAAAACCAAUGAAGCGGGACUUCAAUUGUCUGCAAUGUUCGUUUAUUUGGCAAGAACUCCAUUUACGUUAGAAGUUCUCAAAUGGCAUACUCUAUGCGCAUUAGAAGAUAAGUGUAUGAAUCCACCAAAGGCUAAACUUGAAUGUAAAACUAUUCCAUCUUGGGACAUUUAUGCAGAAUGUUUCCGGUAUGAUCAAUCAUCGAUCAAUCUUAUCAUGUUCAACUUUUUCCGUAACCAUAAUCAUUAUUUCAUGGAUGCCGGCAGUUUGACUCGCACUUACGAGCAUUAUUAA